CGUUCGAUAGCGCGGCGUUCGGCGCGGCGCCCUGGACGCAUGCGCAGGGGCGUGAGCUCCGAGCGAUCGAUCGAGCAGGUUUCGCGCCUCCAUUUUUCUAGGAGCGAGCUGGGGACCCAGAGGGCCGGACUAGCGGCUUGCAGGAAAAUUGUCUCCACGUAUCUCCAAGAUGUACAGAACCAAAGUGGGCUUGAAGGACCGCCAGCAGCUCUACAAGCUGAUCAUUAGCCAGCUGCUCUAUGAUGGCUAUAUCAGCAUUGCUAACGGCCUCAUCAACGAGAUCAAGCCGCAGUCUGUCUGUGCGCCUUCGGAGCAGCUCCUGCAUCUCAUCAAACUCGGAAUGGAAAAUGACGAUACUGCAGUUCAGUAUGCAAUCGGUCGCUCAGAUACAGUCGCCCCUGGCACAGGAAUCGACCUGGAAUUUGAUGCAGAUGUCCAGACUAUGUCCCCAGAGGCUUCAGAGUAUGAAACGUGCUACGUCACCUCUCAUAAAGGCCCGUGUCGGGUUGCGACCUACAGUAGAGAUGGGCAGUUAAUAGCCACCGGCUCUGCCGACGCUUCCAUAAAGAUCCUGGACACGGAAAGGAUGCUGGCCAAAAGCGCCAUGCCCAUCGAGGUCAUGAUGAACGAGACUGCACAACAGAACAUGGAAAACCACCCAGUGAUUCGGACUCUCUAUGACCACGUGGAUGAAGUCACAUGCCUCGCUUUCCACCCGACAGAGCAGAUCCUGGCCUCUGGGUCCAGGGAUUAUACGCUUAAAUUAUUUGAUUAUUCCAAACCGUCUGCAAAAAGAGCCUUCAAAUAUAUUCAGGAAGCGGAAAUGUUGCGUUCCAUCUCUUUUCAUCCUUCCGGAGACUUCAUCCUUGUUGGGACUCAGCAUCCUACUCUUCGGCUUUAUGAUAUCAACACAUUUCAGUGUUUUGUCUCUUGCAAUCCUCAAGAUCAGCACACCGAUGCCAUCUGCUCUGUUAAUUACAAUCCUAGUGCCAAUAUGUACGUAACUGGUAGCAAGGACGGCUGCAUCAAAUUAUGGGAUGGCGUUUCAAAUCGAUGCAUCACCACAUUUGAGAAAGCACAUGAUGGUGCUGAAGUUUGUUCUGCUAUUUUUUCCAAAAAUUCUAAAUACAUUCUCUCGAGUGGAAAAGACUCUGUAGCUAAACUUUGGGAAAUAUCAACAGGACGAACACUGGUCAGAUACACAGGCGCGGGCCUGAGCGGGCGGCAGGUGCACCGGACGCAGGCCGUCUUCAACCACACUGAGGACUACGUGCUGCUGCCCGACGAGAGGACCAUCAGCCUCUGCUGCUGGGACUCACGGACGGCAGAGCGCCGGAACCUGCUCUCCCUGGGCCACAACAACAUCGUGCGCUGCAUCGUCCACUCGCCCACCAACCCCGGCUUCAUGACGUGCAGCGACGACUUCCGAGCGCGCUUCUGGUACCGGAGGUCCACCACGGACUAGGGCUGCCGGCGCUGCCCUGUGGGCCUGCCCUCUCCGGCCCUCACAGCUUCGUAGUAAGUCACUGCACCGUCUGCGGCCGUUGUGCUGCCGCCUCUACGUCCCUCGCGGAUUUGUACAAAAGAAUCUUUUUUUACCUUGAUGUAGAAUCAUGGUGGGAAAAGUUGGAAUCGCAGAUCUUUGCGCUUGUUCUACAUUCACUGGUUAUUACAGUGUGAUUCUCAUCGAUUUUGUAAAUACGGGACUUGCUCUUUCUCUUGAAUUUCUUGAUCAUUUGAAGAAGGAUAGAGCAUUAAAGUGCUUU